AUGAGAUUGAAAACUUGGCAUGUACUAGGGUACCUGUUUGGCCUAAUCGUCGCCCUUGAGCCUUCCUACAUUCACCCUGAUGAACAUUUCCAGAGUUUAGAAGUUAUGAUGAUCAAAAUAAUGGGCAUUAAAGGGACAAUUCCCUGGGAGUUCAAGCCAGAAAGUGCCGCAAGGAGUUUUGUUCCUCUCUACAUUACAUAUGGGCCUUUGCUUUACCUAAACAAGUACAUCUUACAUCUUUCAUCAGGGGUUGCAUUAAUGUACCUGGUUCGGAUACAAAAUUACAUUGUCUUCAUGUACCUUAGCAAGCUGGCGCUGCAGUUCCUACUUGAUUCAAAACUAGACAGAAAAAAAGCAAGCUUUUACAUUUCAACGUCCUACAUCAUCUGGGCCUAUCAAACACAUUCAUUUUCCAACUCUUUGGAGAGCAUUAUACUGCUUCUUGUGUUGUCUCUCUUCCGCAUUUUAAUCAAAGAUUCUAGUGAUCGUUCAUUCAAUCAUUACAAGACAUGCGUUGUGCUCGGUAUACUCGUUACGCUCGGAGUUUUUAACAGAAUUACUUUCCUAGCUUUUAUCCUACUUCCAUGCGUUCCAACCUUCCACUUGUUUUAUUCAAAGCAUUUGAAGUCCCUCUGUGUGAGUGCGAUAUCCUUCAUUUGCUCAUGCCUUUUGUUUGUUUUCUUGGAUAAAACUAUCUAUGGAUCUGACGACUGGUGCGUCACUCCAUUGAACAACUUGCUCUAUAAUCUCCAGGACGCAAAUCUGGCGCAACAUGGUCUGCAUCCACGCUAUACUCAUGUGCUUGUGAACGUACCCCAAAUGUUAGGGCCCAUUAUGGUGUUCUUUGUCUCCAAGAAACAGAAAAUUAACUUGGCGCUGCUUUCAUGUAUAUCCGGCUUGUUAAUUUUGUCCUUGUUCCGGCAUCAAGAGCUACGCUUCCUGGUUCCUCUCUUUCCACUGUUUUGCAUCUCCAUAGAUCUGGAGAAGUUGAACACCUUUCCAUACCCGAAAUUGAUAGCCAAGACAUGGGUUGCAUUCAAUAUAGUUUUUGGGAUCAUUAUGGGAUCCCUCCAUCAGAGGGGUGUGGUUACUGCGAUUCAAAGGCUUGCUGAAAAGCAAGAACACGUUGAUGUUCAUCUGUGGUGGAAGACGUACUCGCCACCGACAUGGCUUUACAUGAACAAUAAUCUCACCGUGUCAACGACAAACUUUGUGAAUAGCGCGGAAAGAUUAGACAAUGUCGAUUUUGGAAUUACCGUAGACCAUGUGGUAGACCUCAAAGGUUGCGAUUAUGAGCUUUUUGAGUUUGGAUUGAUGAGCUUUUUGAAUUCGACCUCACACGGCAUAUGCUUGAUCAUUCCAAAAUCAACAGACAAAGGAGUUCAAAAAUUCAGAACUAAACACGAAGAUGUGCGCUUCCAGGUUUUAUGGGAGACACCCUUUAGCUUGGAUUUAGACCACAUUGAUUUCACCGAUCUCAGCACGCUUCAACCUGGUAUGACGAUAUACCAAAUCGAUCGGCUAUGA